AUGAAGAGCAUAGGGAAAGAGGGGAUUCAUGAGGAUAAUGAUGUACAUAGGAGGUCCUCAUUCUCAGGAGCAAUAAACAAUAAGGGCUCAUCUUCAUCUUCAUCUAAUUCUUCAUCUGGUGCUUCUUCUUUUUCCUCGUCUUGCUCGUUUAAUUCAAAUGCUUUUCAUGAGUUUCACUUCCUCAAGAGGAGUAGCAGUGCAACAGAAAUUGGGGGUUCAAUUGAGGCAGUCAUUGCUCACUGCAAAAAGUCCCAACUGCUCUUUGGUUCAAGAAAUACAUAUGGAUUUUCUUCAUUCACUAGAACACUUUUUCUUCUUCUUCUUCUUCUCUUCUUGGUCCAGGACGUUUCUUGCAGCCAUGUUGGAAUUAAAGGGAACGAAAACACAGCACAUCUGAAAUGA